AUGAAUCUCGGUGGUUCGAGCGCACAACUCAAUAGCGGCAAUGGCAACGUAGUUUGUGGCCCACUCCUGAAAUACAUUUCAACCGACUACCAGCGCGGCAUUUACCGUGGUUCUUGCUUGAUCGUGUCUGACCACACGCAACCACCCAGUCUGACCGUGCAACUGAAAACGGUCGGCUCCGGCAAACAAAAGACAUUGACUUUCCCAGCCGAACAACUCGAUUGUUACCGCAACCAAUAUCGGUUCUGGCGCUUUGAGCUUCAAUUGCCCUUUGACGAGGAAGCGCAAACCGCGUCCUAUACGAGCUCCAUCUUAAAUAAUCAGCAAUACACAUUCCAUAUCCCGAGCUAUUACGAAGCGUUCCGAUUCAUGUUCCAUUCGUGCAAUGGAUUCUCGGAUAUUCCGCAAGAAACAAAGGACAAGUUUGGUGAAAAGGAGGCGCCGCUCUGGCAGGAUGUCUUGGAUCGGCAUCGGGUUAUGCCGUUCCAUGUCUUGCUUGGUGGUGGUGAUCAGCUGUAUCAGGAUCGUCUGCUCAAGGAGGAUUUUAUGAAGCCUUGGAACGAAGAAAAGGAUCCAAAGAAACGUGUGGCUAUGAAAUUGUCGAAUGAAAUGCGCGCUGGUUUUGAAGAGUUUUACAUGUUUAAUUACGUAAAGAACUUUGGUUUUAAGGACAAUCCAUAUGUCGCUACUGCUUUUGCCACCAUUCCGUCGAUUAACAUGUGGGAUGAUCACGAUAUCAUUGACGGUUAUGGCUCAUAUCCCGUGGAGAUGCAGCAAGCGGACUGCUUUGUUGUCUUGUUCCAGAAUGCAUGCCGGUUCUACUUUUUGUUUCAACAUCACACAACCAUGGAACUCGCCCAGCGUGAUGGUAUGCUCAUGGGCACGACGCCCACAUGCCAGCACAUUGUGACCACCUUGGGCCCAGACAUUGGUGUGCUGUCAUUGGAUGCGCGUGGUGAACGGACCAAGCAGGAUGUCUGUCAGCCUAAGACUUAUGAUAUUGUCUUUGAAGCCAUGGCCAAGUUACCUAUGAGUAUCAAGCAUAUGUUGGUUGUCACUGGUGUGCCAUUGAUUUAUCCAAGAUUGACGCUUUUCGAAAAGGCCAUGGAUGGUGCUGCCGGCUUUAACUUGGCCACACUCGCAGGAAAGACAGGUGCUUUGGGUGAUUUGAUCAGCGGCUCUUUGAACAAGUGGAACGGUGAUCCUGAAUUAUUAGAUGACAUGAACGACCACUGGACUGCAGGCAACCACGAAGUGGAACGAAAACGGUUUAUCGAACGUUUACAACAAUUCGCGCGUGAUCGUUCCGUUCGCGUCUCAUUCCUUGGCGGUGAUGUGCACUGCUGCGGCGCCGGCCGUCUGUACUCCAAGGACAUGCGUAACAAAGAAGAAGGCGACCCUCACCUGAUGGUUCAGAUCAUUUCCAGUGCCAUCGUAAACGUUCCUCCGCCACAAGCGUUAUUGUCGAUCCUGAACCAAAACUCGACAUACAUUACGUUCAACCCCAACACCGAAGAGAAAAUGUACAAGCUGUUCACAAAGUCGCCCAACGGCAACAACCGACAAAACACCAAGCUGAUGGGCUUCCGUAAUUAUUGCGCUGGUUUCUAUGAAGAAAGCACCGGUAAAAUGCACCUUUAUAUCCAGGCCGAAGAACAGCCUGGUAAGAAGGGUACCAAGGGAUAUUUGGUCAAUGUACCCAAGCUGGUCUUCAGUCACACCGGUGCUCGAUUGCACUCGCGCAACAAGAAGGAGUUGAUUCCUCCCUUGGGUGGUGCUGCUUAUCAUCAUCAUCCUCCUCCUCCUCCUCCUCCAGGCCAGUAUCCUGGUGCUGGUCAUGGCCAAGGCUAUCCUCCUCCACCUCCUCCUCAACAGCAACAGCAGCAACAGCAGCAAUAUGGAAGUCGACCUGUCCCUCCGCCACCUAUGCCACAACGCCCUGGCGGUGGUAGUGGCGGUCCUCCGCCAUUGCCUCUCCGUGAAAACAGCGUGGGCGGUUACAACAUGCCUCCACCACCUCCCCCACAGUAUUAA